ACUCGCUCAGGUCAGCGCUGCUACUUUAAAUCAAAGCCUUGUUUAGUCAUAAAUCUUCAACUUAAUUGCUGUCUCACAAAUAUAUUACAUGGAGAGAAAUCGUGUUUUCUGUUUUCAAUUGUGUUCACUGCCGUAUUAAAUCUGACUGAACUGCAUCUAUAAACAUUACACUGAGAGGCUUUUCAUUGGUGGUUCUGCUGUAAAAUACAUUUAAAUGACUCGAUAGAAAAUAAACCACAUUUCUGAAGAGUAGUGGAGUAUUUAUAUUGUGUGCUACUUUAUAGUAUUCUACACAUUUUAGGGGGAUAUUUACUUUUUACACCAACUGCUCAGUCACAAGAUAUAUUAAAUAUGUGUAGAAACAAAGUAGAUUUACUUGAAUACUCUGUUUAUAAAAAAGAAAGUAAUUAGAGUACAGCAGCAUUGAAAUACCAUUUUUCUAUUCUUUAGUACAUUUCGAAGUUAAUAUUUAGUGUUAGUCGUUUUAAGUAUUUCUUUUGAAUGCACAACCUUCACUUUUCAUUGUGGCAUUGCUCAUAUUUGGCUCCAGUAAAAGAUCAGAAUACUUUUUUUCCACCAAUGCUAAAGGGAGCACCGGUAUUUGUGUUAGUGUGAGAUGUCAGAAUGUUUGCCCUCUCAUGCUCUGCUAUGUUGUUUAAUGAUCCGAAAUACUUGUCUAAAAAUAGGCUGAUAGGGACACAUUUUGCAGAGUUCAUCCAAAACAACAUGUCUGACAGAGAGGUCAAUGAGGAGGAAGUUUCGGAGGAAGAAGAAAAGAACGAUGCAGAUGACUCAAAGCCCAAGCCAAAGUUCAUGACCAACAUUGCCGUCCCAAAGCUCCCUGAUGGGGAGAAAGUAGAUUUUGAUGACAUCCACAGGAAGCGGCAGGUCAAGGAUCUGUCUGAGCUGCAGUCUCUGAUCGAGGCUCACUUCGUCCAGAGGAAGAAAGAGGAAGAGGAUCUCAUCGCCCUCGUAAACAGAAUCGAGAAGCGGCGUGCCGAGAGAGCAGAGCAGCAGAGGGUCCGGUCGGAGAGAGAGAAGGAGAGGCAGACCAGACUGGCGGAGGAAAAAGAACGUAAGGAGCAGGACGAGCAACGCAAGAAGUACGACGAGGAUGCCAAGAAGAAGAAGGCCCUCUCAAACAUGACCCAUCAGUACAGCGCUGGACAAAAGGGGCCCAAGCAGGCUGAAAACAGAAAAGGAGCAAAGAAACAGACUGAGAGGGAGAAGAAGAAGAAGAUCCUGGCUGACCGCAAGCAGGUUCUAAACGUUGAGAUCAUGAACGAGGAGAAACUCAAGGCGAAGGCCACCGAGAUGUGGCAGUGGCUGAUGGGGCUGGAGGGCGAGAGGUUUGACCUCAGUGAAAAACUCAAACGACAGAAGUACGACAUUAACCAGCUUCUCGCUCGAGUCCGGGACCACCAGAACGCCAAAGGACGUGGCAAGGGCAAGAUGGGCGGCCGGCUGCGGUGAAGCAGGAGCAGCCGGACGGGGACGAAGCAGAUCGCGACGCCGGUGAUUGGCCCGCGUGUCUAUCACCUGUGUAUUCAUUGUUCUGUUGUGUUGGGUUACAUGUCAAUUAUCAUGAUAUCAAAACAAUAAAUAAGACAUUACAUCCGC